AGUCGACAACCAACCAUCGAAGGGAUCAGAAGUUUUUUUUUGUGAAAGAUUCAACAUGAAGUUUUUAAUUUUGUGUCUUUGUGUUUUAAUCGCAUUUGUGGCAGCGAAAGAUCCUCCAAAAUGGGAAUCAGUUUACACUGUUAAAGGUGUUUUGUAUAUUCCUUACGCUGAAAUCGAAGAACCUUUCUAUGGAUGGUACGACAAACCAUCAGGCCGAUCACGUAUUGAUUAUUACGGCGGAAUGGUGAAAACUUAUCAGCUUGGUGGAGAAUAUGAGCACGGAACGAGUCUCAAAUUCGCUCCCGUCACAACAGACGAAUAUCAAAACCGCGACACUUGUCUUCAAGUCAAUGGCACGAGUGAUUAUCGUAUUCAAGUCCAAUCAAUUCUUCCCGAUGUCAGAAACUUCUCUCUCAUUGGCACAGUUGAUUACAAUGGAAUGAAAUGCGAUAAGUUCCAACUUGAAGAGUUCAUUGGACAGAAGAAAAAUGUUUACACAUUGUGGGUUCGUUAUAAGAAAUCUCCAAAGUAUCCAUCAAGUUUAAUGCCUAUUCCAGUUCGUUAUGAAAUGCGAGGUUACAACACAUUGUUAGGCUCACACAUUGAUCAUUAUUAUUUGAGUUACGAUUAUUACAGUCACGAAGAUAUUCCAAAUGACGUCUUUGAAGUGGAGAUGGAUUCUUGCAUUUCAUUUCCUGGACCUGGUCAUUAUGCGACAUUAAAUCCUAUGAAGGAAUUUGUUUAUCCGCAUGCAGCUGAACACGUUGAUCACGAGUUCAGUCGUUUUAAGAAUAAACAUGGAAAGAAAUACGAUUCAGAUCAUGAACAUGAAAAUCGCAAGAAUAUUUUCCGUCAGAAUUUGAGAUUUAUUCAUUCGAAGAAUCGUGCUGGGUUGAGUUUCUCGUUGGGUAUUAAUCAUUUGGCAGAUAGAACUGCUGACGAAUUGAAAGCAUUGAGGGGAUUUAAAUCAUCACAAAUCUAUAAUGGAGGCAAGCCAUUCCCUUAUGAUGUUGAGAAGGAGAAAGAUCAUCUUCCCGAUCAAUAUGACUGGAGACUUUAUGGUGCUGUUACACCUGUCAAAGAUCAGUCGGUUUGUGGUUCAUGUUGGUCUUUUGGAACAAUUGGAGCUAUCGAAGGUGCUUUCUUUUUGAACAAUGGUGGAAAUCUCGUGAGAUUAUCACAACAAGCAUUGAUUGACUGUUCUUGGGGUUAUGGAAAUAACGGAUGUGAUGGUGGCGAAGACUUCCGUGCUUAUCAAUGGAUGAUGAAGGUUGGUGGAGUUCCCACUGAAGAAAGUUAUGGCGACUAUCUUGGACAAGAUGGAUAUUGUCAUGUCAAUAACGCAACUAUUGUUGCUCCGAUCAAAGGCUUCGUUAAUGUGACAUCGAAUAAUGAAAAUGCUUUCAAAGUUGCAUUAUUCAAGAACGGCCCAAUUUCAGUUGCAAUUGAUGCAUCGAAGCGAACAUUCACUUUUUACUCUCAUGGAGUGUUUUAUGAUGAAACAUGCGGUAAUAAGAUGGACCAAUUAGAUCACGCUGUGCUUGCUGUUGGGUAUGGAACAAUUAAUGGUGAACUUUAUUGGCUGGUCAAGAAUUCAUGGAGCACAUAUUGGGGAAACGACGGCUACGUUUUGAUGUCAGCACGAAACAACAACUGUGGCGUCAUGACUGAUGCCACUUACUUUGCGAUUUUAACUUUUUUCUUUAUUUGGUUUAUAAAAAUUGUUUUUGUCAAAAUGCGUGAAAUUGUUUCAAUUCAAAUUGGAAAUUGUGGCAAUAAAGUUGGUGAAAGGUUUUGGGAAACAAUUUCUGAUGAACAUAACAUAAAUCAGUGUGGUCAUUUCUAUGGAACGAGUUUUUUGCCAUAUCAACGACUUGAUGUCUUCUUUGAAAAAGGUGCGAGGGAAAUUUUCGUUCCACGAGUGAUACUUUGCGAUCUUGAACCUUCAUGUUUAAAUGAAAUAAGAUGUGGAUGCGUUGGACGUCUCUUUAACCCAGAUUAUUUUGUCGCUGGGCGAUGUGGUGCUGGAAAUAAUUGGGCGAGAGGUCGAUACACAGAAGGUGCUGAAAUCGUCGACAAUGUUUUAGAUAUCGCCCGUUGUCAAGUGGAGAAUUGUGAGUUCUUUCAAGGCUUUCAACUUGUUCAUUCAAUUGGUGGAGGAAGUGGAAGUGGCAUGGGUUCAUUACUUUUACAAAAACUCAAGGAAGAAUAUCCAGAUCGAAUCAUUAGCACUUUCACUGUUACACCAAGUUCUAAAUUAUCAGAAACUGUCGUUGAACCUUACAAUGCAGUUCUUUCUAUAAAUGAAAUGAUUACAAAUUGUGAUGAAGCAGUUUAUUUUGACAAUGAAGCACUUUACGAUAUUUGCAACAACACGUUAAAGCUUUGCAAACCUUCAAUGCUCGAUUUGAAUCAUCUGAUAUCAAUGACAAUGGCAGGUGUCACUGCUGGCAUUCGUUAUCCCGGUCAAUUGAACACAGACUUAAGAAAAAUUAUGACAAACAUGUGUCCAUUCCCUCGUCUUCAUUUCUUCAUUCCUGGCUUUGCACCGUUGACAUCGAGAUCAGGAGAAGCUUACAAAUUAAUUACGACAACCGAUCUUGUUUGUCAAAUAUUCGAUAGCCGCAAUCAAAUGUCGAUGUUUGAUCCAACUGAAGGACAUUACUUAACAUGUGCAGCUUUCUUUCGUGGAAUUAUUUCACCUAAAGAAAUUGAACACCAAUUAUUAGCGAUACAAGAGAAAAAUUGUGAUUCAUUUUCGAAUUGGAUUCCAAAUAAUAUUAAGACAGCAAUUUGCGAUAUUCCACCACGAGGAAUGAAAAUGUCAGCAACAUUUGUAAGUAAUACAACCGCGAUCAAGCUUCUUUUCCAACGUUGCGUAGAUAACUUCAACACGAUGUUUCAUAAGCGAGCGUAUGUUCAUUGGUACACUGGCGAAGGAAUGGAUGAGUGUGAGUUUGCUGCUGCGGAAGAAGGAGUUCAAUGCUUAAUUCAAGAGUAUUGCGAAUGUGAUGUCCAAGACUGUGAUACUGAUGAUGAGUGUAAUAUUUGUACCGAUACGUGUGAAGACGAAUGUGAUGAUAUGACGUCAAAUAUUAAACGAGAACUGAAUUAUGCUAAAGCAUACGAGUGGAAAGAUGACGAAUAUGAGUACUUUGAGAAUAUAAAUUAUACAGAUACUGACAACAGAUCUGAUGAUUAUUCAACGUUUCAUUUAUUUUUGUUAGUGCUUUUUUUUGUUAUGUUAAUUUGUAGUUAUAUUUACUUUUAUUGUCAAAAAGUUUGUCAACUAACUGAUGAAGGUUCUGUUAGCUCUCGAACACAAAAUCUUCCAAAUAGAAAUACUCGAAUUAGAGGACGUUCAAGAGAUAUUUAUGAUUAUCCAACUUUUCAAACAAGACCAUCUCAAAGAGUGACUAAAGUUGUGAAGCGUCAGAAAAAGCUUGAUUUUAAGCGAAUCAUAGUCCGCCACCCUACUCGAAUUAGAGGAGGAUCAAGAGAUAUUUAUGAUUAUCCAACUUUUCAAACAAGACCAUCUCAAAGAGGUCAAAUGCAUAUAGAAAACGAAACAACUCAAACUCAAUCUUUGACUGAACUUCCAUCUUAUGAUCCUCCACCAUCGUAUGAAGAGUGUGCAACAGCGAAACAU